ACAAUAGCUCAUCUUUUUUGUCAUCAACUCUUUCCCUUUUCCAUUUCAUUUCUCAUCACUUUCCAAGAAACCAUAUUCCCCACUAAAAUUCCAACUCUUUUAUAACCUUAAUAUAUCUUCAAAAUCUAGCUCUCUUUCUCUAGCUCUCUUUGUGUGUGCUAUCUAGCUAGCUAGUGAGACACAAAGAGUUAAUCAUUAUGGGUAAUUGCUUUCCAAAACCAGUUAAUAAUCUCUCCAACAAUCAUAGUAGCAAAAUUCCCAUCCCAGUUACUAUCAGUGUUCAUGAAAAAAGGAAAGAACCCAUGAUGGAAAACCAUCCAUCAUCCACGGCAGCCGGAGGUAGCAGCGACGGCGGCGCCGCCACUUCUUCCGGUGAACAUGUGCCACCAAGUGGGAAAAUAGUGACACCCAACUUAAAAGCUUUCUCUUUUUCGGACCUAAAAAGUGCCACCAGAAAUUUUAGGCCGGAUACCAUGCUUGGAGAAGGUGGUUUUGGGAGGGUUUUUAAAGGAUGGGUGGACGGUGAGACAUACGCGCCGUCGAAGGUCGGUAUUGGCAUCGCCGUCGCCGUCAAGAAAUCAAAUCCUGACAGUCCUCAAGGCCUUAAAGAAUGGCAGGCAGAAGUAAAAUUCUUGGGAAAAUUUAGCCAUCCAAAUCUAGUGAAACUAGUAGGAUAUUGCUGGGAAGAUAGAGAAUUUCUUCUUGUAUAUGAAUAUAUGCAAAAAGGCAGUCUAGAAAAUCAUCUUUUUAAGAAAGGUGCAGAACCACUUACAUGGAAUACAAGGAUUAAAAUAGCUACUGGAGCCGCACAAGGACUAUCUUUUUUGCAUACUACAGAAAAAAGUGUUAUCUACAGAGAUUUUAAGUCUGCAAAUAUUUUACUAGACACGGAGUUCAAUGCAAAACUCUCGGAUUUUGGCUUGGCGAAAUUAGGUCCUGUAAAUGGUAACUCUCAUGUCUCGACGGGCGUUGUGGGUACAUAUGGUUAUGCAGCUCCAGAAUACAUAGCCACUGGUCAUUUAUAUGUCAAGAGCGACGUCUAUGGUUUUGGAGUAGUGUUGCUAGAAAUCAUAACGGGUCUACGGGUACUUGAUACUAAUCGACCUGGAUCGGAACAUAAUCUAGUGGAUUGGGCUCGCCCAUCAUUACCCGACAAACGAAAGCUAAGAAAAAUCAUAGAUCCACGUCUAGAACACGAUUUCCCUCUAAAGGCAGCAUGUAGAACCGCAGAACUCAUUCUUAAGUGUCUUGAACCAGACCCUAAAAACCGACCUUCAAUGGAGGAAGUGCUGGUGAGUCUAAAAGAGAUUGGUUCUAUAAAAUCAAAACCGAAGGAAACAAAGGUACACUCAAGCCAAUCUAUGGGCACACAGCGUGACCGUCGUUACCAAUCUGCCCAUCAAUCUCCCCUCCAUACGAGGCAGAGCAGAGGAGGUCGGGCCAACCAGCUCUCGCCUAUGAGAUCAUAUUAACGUUGAAGAUCAUCAAACAUAUUUUUUGUACCGAUGAAGAUAUUGAAUUGGAUAUGUCCGACAUAUUUGUCAUGAGGCAAUUUCUAGAAGGAAAGAAACAGUUUGCUUCAGAGGCCCAACCAAUGAGCCCAGUUAAAAUUUGUAUUAUGGCCCGGGUUGUUUGUUUAUGUAAAUUGUAAGUAGAAUAAAAUGAUAUUAUACCACUUGUAGAUUUCAGUAUGGGAAGUUUUUGUAACAAUGAAACAUUACCAAUUUAAAUUCCAUUUCAUUAAUUAUUUUAAGUUGAA